AUGUGGCGUGUGCUUGUGCUGCAGUGCGUGCUCUUUCAGAGCUGUUGGGUCCUGGCGCUAAGCCACAAAGGAAACGAAACCUUUGGCUCCUCCGCGGACACAACGACUUCCCCAUGGAGUCCCAGAGGUCUGGGAAAGAUUAUAGCCCAAUGUCUGGGCGGCCAGGAGCUGUGGGAGUGCUUGGCCAACAAGAGCGAGCGAUUGGUGGAUGCGGCUGCACGGGAUAACAGCACCUGGCAGAUCAGUGAUUACCUUAGCAUUGAGCCGCAGGCCGUACAGGAGAGCAGGCAGCGAAUGGAUACGGGAUUGGCCGGGAAGCUACUGAAUCUGGUCCAGGGAAGAGCCCUGCGAGUGAAGCUUCCGCGGCAGCUGACCAUUUCCAAUGCCAUCGAUGACUUUGGAAGUGAGUUGGGCCUUGAUCAAGGUCGCAAAAAGAAGGACAAAGACAAGCACAUGGCCAUGAUGGGCGGCAUGAUCAUGGUGGCCACCCUGGCCCAAAUGUUCCUCGGCAAGGUCAUCCUCAUCGCCGGCUCCGCCUUCAUAAUGGCCAAAAUCGCCCUGGUCAUAUCGCUGCUGGGCAGUCUAAAAAAGGGUACGACUGGACACAGUGGUAGUGGCCAUGGCGGUGGCGGUGGCGGCACGGAGCACGUGGUGGUCCACUCCAGUCACGAGAGCGGCUGGCACCGCAGCAUGCCCACCCACGACUACGUCUCCUCACAGCUGGAGCAGGUGGAGGAGCCGCCCUUGGGUGGUCCCAUGGAGUUCUACCAAGCCUACCAGAUGGAACCGCUGAAGCGCCGCCUGCAUCAGGCGGAAGGUGAUCCCCAGCAUCCAGUACCGGAGGCCACAAAGCCCACACGCGGCUUCCUAUAG